AUGGACGCAGCACUUGUCCUCUGUGGAAACCAUCAAUUUCUCUCCUUGGCACUUUUGCUCGCUGCCACAACGAUAAUUAUAAGAUUAAUUCGCCGGGACCGUAGACUCGACUCCAUCCCCGGUCCCAAAGGCUACCCUUUUAUAGGGAUUGGCUAUCAACUUCCACCUAAAGCGCCGGCCGUCUUUCGGAAAUGGGCGCUGGAGUACGGCGAUAUUUUCAAAAUUCGUGUUGGAUGGUAUAACUGGGUUGUGAUAAACACACCAGAAGCCGUUCGUGAGAUCCUAGAAAAGCAGGCACUUCACACAUCGUCGAAGGCUCCUUCACCUCUGGGACAUGAUAUCGUCACGGGCGGAAAUCGCAUGCCGACUAUGCCGUACGGGGCCCAGUGGCGGGCUCUCCGAACAGCCGUACGCCAAAUGACCACUGUGCCUAUGACGGCAAGCUUUGUUCCGAGUCAAGAGUUUGAAGCCAAACAGUUAAUCUUUGACCUGGGGACAGAUAACAAAAGCCAACGGAAUUUCUAUCAACAUAUUCGACGAUAUGCAUUGAGCAUUAUCAUGACGCAUACCUUCGGAACCAGAGUAAAAAGUCUAGAUCAUCCAGCUGCACAGAACUCGAUUAGAACCCAGGCAAUACUACGAAGGACUUCGAGGCCGGGUGCUUUCCUGGUUGACGAACUGCCUCCAUUGGCUCAAUUACCCAAGUGGCUGCAACCCGGCCGAAAGGAGGCGAUGGUUGCAGCAAAGCAAAUUAUGGACAUUAAAAUGAUAUUAUGGAAACAACUAGCAGAGCAGGUCUCAUCUGGGAAGGCCCCACACUGCUAUGCCAAAGAGAUCUAUGAGAAAAAAGAAUCAUGGUAUGCGCAGGGACUGACCGAAGAACAUUUGAUCUGGCUCACAACAGGUCUCGUUGAGGCUGGAUUUGAGACAACAGCUGCCACAUUAAACAGUCUCGUGCUUCAGCUUGCUGCCAACAAAACUAUUCAAGAUAAAGUCCACGAGGAACUGAUGGAUAUAGUGGGGCCAGAUCGUUUACCCAGAUUCGAAGAUAUCUGCAAUCUCCGAUAUGUUCGCGCUUGUGUCAAAGAAAUGCUACGAAUGAAUCCGAUUAUAGCCCCUGGAAUUCGUCACUACGCAGACGAAGAUGUCGUAUACAAAGGCCAUAUCAUUCCUAAAGGGACAGUCUUGGUUGCCAAUACCGCUUUUCUGCAUUAUGAUCCCUCGCGAUUUGACAGAGCUUUUGAAUUCAAGCCGGAGCGCUACUUAGAUCAUAAACUAUAUAGUGCUGAAUAUGCUGCUAUGGGCGAUCCCACCAAGCGCGACCAUUUCACCUUCAGUACAGGGAGAAGAAUGUGUCCGGGUGCAAGACUUGCAGAGAAUUCCUUGGAUAUCGCGCUGGCCGCUAUUUUAUGGGCGUACGAGAUUCGACCCCCGCUUGUGAAUGGGGUGGAGAUGGACAUUGAUUUGAGUGACAAUGCGUACACAGACGCAGGAUUUACCAUACCCAAGCCAUUCUCGGCACGCUUUGUGCCCAGAACUGAAGACCGGCUCAGGAUAUUAAAAGAGCAGUGGGGAAUUGCACAGAACGAAGGUUACGAAUUACGAGGGAUACCUGUGGAUGUGGACGGGAUGAUGCAGUUAUAA